CACAGUACAAUUUGCAUAAGUGUUCAUUAUAUGACUGAUAGGCAGAGUUUUAAAAUAGUCUUUUCAACCAGCACAGAGUAUAAGAUGUGUCAUACCUGUAAUGUCAGUUGGUGACGACGAUUCUACAUUCGACAACGUGCGCACAAUCACCACACUUCUGUGUUCAAGGUAAAGGGGAUUUGUGGCUGAGAUAAAUACUCACAUUUAUCAUCAAAUACUGUGAUUGCAAUGCCGAGACGCGUUGUUGUCGUUGGAGGUCCACGCGGUCCACGUCCUGUUCGUCGCUUAGUCGGUGCAGCCGCCCUAGGAGCGGUUGCCGGGGCAACAGCAUCGGCUGUAUCCAACUCCUCAAGAAACAAGGUUGUUGAACAAGAGCCGCAGACUAAAGUGGUUUACCACGUGCAUGAAACAAAGAAAAAAGAAAAAUCACCACCACCACCACAGCCAUAUCCGGUUUAUUACCCUUACCCACCCGGCUAUUAUCCUCCACCUCAAUAUGCACCACAAUCAGCAGGGCAAUAUCCACCUCCAAUGGGACAAUAUCCACCACCACCACCACCAGGGCAAUAUCCACCACCAUCAGGACAAUAUCUACCACCACCAGGGCAAUAUCAACCACUAACAGGACAAUAUCCACCACAGCCAGUAGCCACAUCGUAUCCACCACCACCAGAUUAUGAAAAUAAACAAUAAAUCCACCAUUUCUUCGUAGUAGAACAACUACCUAAUUAUUCUCUCACCUAUAAGUGGUGAAACAUUUGAUUCUGGGGUUGAACUAAGUAAACCUGUUUUUAGCAUCCCCCUCAACAAAUCACAUCAAUAUUUUGCAUUGUUUACCCAUAUUUUAAAGAAUUUGUUUUCACAUUGGGACACUUCAUUUUAAUUUUCAAAAAGUUGGGUGCUGUAACAGGUAUUUACAAGUACGUUCUAAGCAGGCAAAGUUCAGGACAUAGACAGGUCUAUGUCAAGGAUCUGUGAUCUCUGUCCUUUGAGCACAUCACAGAAUUGACUGAAAGAGAAUAAAAAUACUAAAUGUUUUAAACUAGUGAUAUCAGACCAAA